AUGGCUCGGCUUUCUGAUUCAUUUGAGGCUUAAAAAUCCACUCUGUAUAUGUAUUUCGAGUUUGUUGUGUGUGGUUGAGACAGAUGUGAGUGGAUUAAACAGAUACACAAUGAAAACUGUACUUCGAAAGGUGUAUGAAUUUGAGUGGUUCGUUUUGGUGUUUCAAAUGUGAACACGUUAAUAGGGUAUGAAUAUAAUCGGAUAGUUUUUUCUUUUAUUGUGACAGCAUAAACCCAUUUUUAUGAUUUCUGAAAGGUUCUAGUGCAAUGUCGCCAUCUCCCGGCGGUGUGGGAAGUUGAUCGUGUGAUGGAAUAGAAAAUAAGGCUCUGAUUGGCGGGUUCCCCCUCCUAUAAUCCCAGCAUCAGAUGAAGAGCUGCCUGCUCGCAUCUCUCCCCCAGUGUCUUCACACACCACAUUGCAAAGUGCACACUUGCCGCUCAUACCUUUGUCUGUGUGUGUGUGAGUGUGUGUGUGUGUGUGUGUGGUGUAUGUGUGUAUGUGUGUGUCUGGGAACGUGACAACAAUAAACAAACAUGACAAUCCGAAACACAGAACGGGAUCAUGGGCAGAGGUUCCGACCACGGAUGGCAUGUCUGAAGAAGGCGGAGGCGGUGCUGCUGGAGAUGCAGGAUCCCAAGACGGGGGUGAAGUCCCAGCCUCAGCGCCUGGUCAUCACCACCAUACCCCACGCCAUUAUGGGAGAAGAUAUAGUGGCAUGGUUAGCUGACAGAUUCAACAUUGACUUCCAAGAGGCCCGGAGUGUGGGCUGCAUGCUGGUGGCGUUUGGGUACAUCUACCCCCUGUCAGACCACAAGCGGCUGGUUCUCAAACCCGACGCCUCCCUCUACCGCUUCCAAACGCCGUAUUUCUGGCCGGCGCAGCAGUGGCCAGUGGAGGACACAGACUACGCAAUCUACUUGGCCAAGAGAAAUAUACGCAAGAAAGGCCUCCUGGAGCUCUAUGAGCAGGAGCAGUACAACCAUCUCCACAAGUGGAUGAACCACAAAUGGGACUUCAUCGUCAUGCAGGCUAAAGAGCAGUACAGAGCGGGCAAGGAGAGAAAGAAGCCAGACCGUGUGGUGUUUGACUGUCAAGAACGUGCUUACUGGGUGGUCCAUAGGCCAGCGCCAGGUACCGUCAGUGCGAUGGACUAUGGUUUAAACAGACUGGUAGAUCCUAAUGCAGUGGAGACAAAAACCCCAGACUACUAUGGAAGAAUCAUGAUCUUUGACCAGCAGUCCAUCAUGAGGCCCAGGGUGAAAUCAUCGGUGUCCAUCGGAGGGUUGGUGAAACACUGCACCACCUUUAAACACCACGACCCCUUCCUGGCUCCGUGCCUGCCGAGCAACCCUUGGGUCAGCGAUGACGCCUCCUAUUGGACUCUGAACGGGGCGCAUGUGGAGGUUCCCAGCAAGAUGCGUGUGGAAAGGUGGACCUUCAGCUUUGGAGAGUUGCUUUCAGACCCUCGCGGACGAGAUGACUUCAGACUCUUCCUCAAGAAAGAAUUCAGCGGGGAGAACCUGGCCUUCUGGGAGGGCUGUGAGGACCUGAAGUGGGGGACGGCGGCCACCAUGAAGGACAAAGCCCAGCAGAUUUACAAGUAAAAGAUGAACG